AAAAAGGCUUACUUUUUUUUUUACUUUUGCCGUGAAUGUCAAAAAGAGUCAAAUUGAUUCAUGAUCCUGAAGUACAUUCGAGACAUUUGAGACGACAGUUGGAAUCCUUAGAAAAAGACAAUCAUCAAUCUUUAAAUGAUGUAGAAGGAUUGAUCAAUAUUGCUUUGGCUGCUCAAGAAGAAGAAGGUCUUGGAACACGCAAGUCAAGAAAUAGGCGAGGUACCAACAUGUAUGCUUCCAAGACAAACUUGAACGCCUUAUUAGAAGAAAGCUGACAGCGCACUGUUAUCAAACCUGUCUUGUUUCACCUUCGAUAUACCCAGCAAGAAAGUUUUGUUCAGUGUGUGGAUAUCCUAGUGACUAUAAAUGCUUG